UUUUGAGAGCAUAUGGGCCAGAAGAAGUCUAUGAAGGAUAAAUGUGGAAUAAAAAGAUUUGAGAGGAGUAGGGUUCCGAUUUUGACUCUAAGGGUUGUAAUUGAGAGGGGAAUAGAAGAGAAGGUGCCUGGAGAGGUGUUUGAAGAUACUCAGCAUCUGUAUCUUAAGGAAAUGUGAUCUUUGAUGUAUUUCUUAAUUCAAAGAGCUAUUCUGUAUCAAGUUAUUAGAUAUCAAUCUCUCUUGUUAGAAAAGCAAUAUUCCCAAGAGAAUCUACAUGAUCAAGAAGAUCUUGAGCAACAAACUCACAAUUCUCCAAUUAAACCUCAAAUCUCAGAUACUAAAUCUAUCUCAGAAACAGAGUCUAUCAGGUUUUAAUCAGAAUUCUCUUACAACUAAAAGGAUUUCUUUUAAUCACACUCCCCAAGAGGCUAAUAAUGAUAUUUCUCUUAGCUCAAGCCUUGCUCAUAAUCAGCACCAUCUGAGCACUUUAGAGGAGACCAAAGUGGAUCCAAAUAGAAAAGUUUCUGAGACAACAUCGGAGCAAUCUUCAUUCAAUUUAUGGCCUCAAAUUUGAUAUUUGUCUCAAGAUUUUUUAACCUCAAUAAAGAAUCUUGAGCAGCUUCUAUCAAAAAUCAGUUUGUUAGAGAAGAUUGAUCUUCCCCAAGAAAUUAGAGAUCUUUUGGGGAGGUCACUAGAGCUUCUUGAUAGACUUCAGAUUACUGUCAGAAUAAUAUUAACAUUUUCUCAAGAUUUUAAGAUUUUUUCGACAGACAAUUUAUGUGACCAGAAAGAACAACUCAAAAGAAAAGAUCAUUCAAUUUUUGCCAAUUAUACAAAAAGACUUGAGUCUAAGAUAAGAUUAGCGGAAUAUAAGCCAUUAAGGUUCCUCCGAUUCUCUUUUGAUGAUGAAGCCUAUCAAUCUUUUAUUGGUGGACUUCAUAACAAAGAUAAUCAAAAUGCUAAUGUUAUCAGAAAUUCUUCCCGUCCGGAUAGUUCUGAAUCCAGAUUGGGGAAGUUCUCAAAAAAGCCCAUUGCUUCGGAUCUGGCUGAUUCAAAACACAUGAAUCAGCCAGAAGAUCCUUCAAAAGAAUUCGACUCUGUAUGCAUUGACAGCUCUAUAUGCAAAAGCGAUAAUGAAAUUUCAAUAAACCUUUUAUCAUCAACUCUAUCCAAAAAGGAGAAUCAACCAGGUACUUAUUUUUAUUAUUGUUCAAGUGAUUCUGAAAAUCAGGACCUCUCUGAUCCAGAAUCUCCCCUCACAGAUUAAAGAAAGUUCCUCAGAAGAGCACAAUCAGAAAGUCGAAGGAUACAGAAAUGACCACAAAUAUUUAA